CCGGAAAGUGACCCCAAGGAUCUUAAUUAAGCCAUACAUACAGCUAGAGUAUUAUAUAAUUAUAUAUAACGCAAAGUUGAGCAUGCAGCAAAGUUAAACGCUACACAAAAACUGAUCAUCAAGCUUGGCUUAGGGGCGGGGUGGAGAUGAUAACGGCGGGGUAUCGUCUCAGCCAGGCCAUGGUCGUCCAUGUUAGUUCCAGAUCGCCUGUACAGGCAUACAAGAGGUGCGAUCACCUCAUAAUGGGUGGAGGUGAUGCGGCAGGGAUGAGAAGUGAUGAGUUUUCUAGCAAAAACAGCACAGAGAUGAGCUACAACAGUGAUGAUGAUGACCACCACCAGUUCACUCUGCCUGCCGCGGCACGAGAUGAUGAUGGGUCAGAAUCCACCAUCAGCUGCAGCAGCCGCGGCAGUGCCGAGACAAGAGUGCUGGUGGUGGUCGAUGGGAGCAAUGAGGCCAAAGCUGCUCUGCAAUGGGCACUUUCUCAUUCUGUUCAUACCAAGCACGACACACUUAUCCUUUUGCUCGUAACCAAGCCCUUCAAACAAGGUGGAUCGGGAAGUUCCUGCAACUGUGAGCUGGACCAAACGGCAUAUGAUCUUCUUUGCUCCUUGAAACAUACUUGUCAAACAAGGAGACCCGGGGUGCAAGUGGAGAUAGUAGUAGAAGAAGGAAAGGAGAAAGGCGCGAUAAUCGUUGAAUCAGCUAAGCAGCAGAGGGCUUCUCUACUGGUUUUGGGGCAGAGGAAAAGAUCGGUGAUGUGGCACAUGCGAACUAUGCUGUCCGGGAAACAGUCAAAUGUGGUCAACUACUGCAUCCACAACGCCCACUGCAUGACUAUCGCUGUGAGGAGGAAAUGCAAGAAACACGGCGGCUACCUCAUCACCACCAAGAGUCAUAAGAAUUUCUGGCUUUUAGCUUAAUAUAUAUUUAAUCCAUCACAGAUUCAUUUCUUGCUCUAACCUUUUAUUCAAUAAUUUAUUUUAUUACUCCGUAGUUUAUUGAAAAAUUACAAUAUGAAAUGUAUUACUAGUAAGGUAUAAUUAUACAUAUAUGAUCAAAGUAAAUGAUGUUUACAAAAUGUGACGUCCUAUGUGUAGUGAUUAUUGUUAGGAGGCUUCUCUUCCAGCUCAGGUCUCCGAUUUCAUCCACAAAGGAUGAAUUUCACCACCAAGGUCAACUAGGGGAGAAGGGACGUCAGCCUACAAGCUUCUUCCGGCCAAAUCCCGUCUAGCGAACAACCCACAGAGGAAAGGUGAAGGACAGAGUUCAAGGGUUGAGUAGUGUUAGGACAGCCUCAAAUUGCAGACGUGAGGAGAAUAUAUAGGUCAAGCACAGAUGCCAGAGAUGGUAAAACUUACCAUUACAAGAUGAUACGCCAAUGCUUCGAAGAAGGAAGGAAAUAAUCGUGAAGGGAGAAAGCCGUUCAAAAGUAAUCGGUGCAAAUGGAUUAAAGAAAUGGACCGGGUACUUCUCAACGCAAUUGGGCCUAGGGAAAAGAGCUUGGGCCAAUACUGUACCAACACAUUCUCCACCUUAUUGGAUCCUAGUGGUGUAGAGUCAAAACUCUAAAACAUACAUGAGACUCAUCAUCGCUGGAUUGCCCGAAUGAUCACAAAGACACAUUCAGGCAAAAAGGGUAAGAUCACCAGGCAACUUAUCCGCAAUCAAUGUUGAACGUGAGCUUGCACGACAACAAAUUUUCGACAAAGAGACAUUCAGUCCCCAUGUUAGCAGGAUUAAAUUCAGAUGAAAUAUUAAUCAACUUGAUAUGACCUGCACUAACAAUCAACAUAUCAUCC